AGUCUUAUCACGAAACAUACCUUGUGGAGAUGAAGGGAAGCAUCUGCCACUCUAAGAAAGUAUAGCCCACUUAAUCGACCUGUCCAGUUAAAAUUGUCAAGAAAUGAUGGUAUCUUAAGUCCAAACUUUCGGACAUAUGUACAUGAUGAAAAUGGAUUUUCUGUACUCAAUAGUACUCCUAAAAAUUGUCAUUACCUGCACAAAGAUGGUACUACUGUAGCUUCAAUUAGUAUAUGUUCACCUCAAAGUGUCCAAGGUUUGAUAUUCUUGGAAAAUUCUACUUUAGAAGUUCAGCCAUUAACAGAUAGAUUGAAAUCAUUACUACGUAUCGAGGAACCCAUCAUGGAAACAUUUUUAUCGGAAGAAAUGAAAAUUCCGCAUCUCGUGAAACGGGCAACUUUUUUACCAGGUUAUUUAUAUAAUGAAGCCGAAUUGUUUCCAAUAGUAGACAAUAUUUGGUCAGAAACUGAAGAAAUAAGAGCCGAGCAGCUAACAGAAGCGAAGGAGCGAUAUAAUUUUAGAGAACGGUAUGAAGCUGCAACUUCUAAAGGUCAAAUUCUUACCUUAGAACUGGCUUUGUUCUUUGAUGAAGCUGCCUAUAAAAUUUUUUCGCCAUUCUUCAAAUAUAACGAUAAGAAAUUACAAGACAUGCUACUAGCCUACAUAAAUGGGGUACAAGCUUUGUACCAUCACCCUAGUUUAGGGACAUCGUUAGAAUUAGCUUUAGUGAGACUUGAUAUUAUGAAAAGUCAACCGUCAAAUAUGCAGCACUAUGACGGCGAAAGAGACAAACUAUUGGACAGUUUUUGUGCUUAUCAAGAAAAAUUGAAUCCUCGAGGUGAUGGUAAUCCAGAACAUUGGGAUAUGGGAAUAUAUGUUUCAGGAUUAGAUUUCUUUGCAUACGAUAAGGGUAAAAAAAGUGGUGUAACUAUGGGUUUAGCUACAGUGGGCGGUGUAUGUUUGGAUAAAUAUGCUUGCGUGAUUGCAGAAUUUGGUACGACAAAUGUAUUUGGAAAACCGUAUCCCAGCGCAGGUUUCACAAGUGUUUAUAUUUUAGCUCAUGAAAUCGGACACAAUUUGGGUAUGCAUCACGAUAGUAUUGGAAAUAAUUGUCCAAAAGAGGGGUACAUAAUGUCUCCAUCUAGAGGUACAAAUGGUGAAACUCAAUGGUCGACUUGUAGUGCAUCUGUGAUGGCAAAACUGGGAUGGGCACAAUGUUUAGAGGAUUCUCCGAAAACGAAUAAAAAUUAUGACCACAACAAAUUGUUGGGUAUACCAGGUCAAAAAUAUACCGCAAAGCAACAGUGCGAAAUAUUGUUGAGAGACAAAGAUGCCACGAUUUUGUCAAGUCAAGAUCAAUCAACAAUUUGUUACAAUUUACACUGUAAAACUCCCCACAAAAGUGGGCAUUAUUUUGCAGGACCAGCUCUUGAAGGAACCCAAUGCGGAAACGGAAAGUACUGUUUUGGAGGUAACUGUAUCAAAAAAGCUUUACCCAAACCAAUUAAAGUAGUACCAGGAGGAUGGAGCAGUUGGAAACAAGGUGUUUGUAAUUCGGGUUGCAUAAUAAAUUCAAUGGGUCAUACUUCUAAAAGAAGACUUUGUAAUAAUCCGAUUCCUGUCAAUACCGAUCAAGGAUGUGAAGGAUCUGGUAUAGAGUUUGGUCUGUGUAAUGACAAUAAGGUGUGCAAUGAGAAAAUAUCUGCAGUUGAUUAUGCUUCUAAAAAAUGCCGUGAGUUUUCAAGAGUAUUGCCUGAGUUGGAUUCCAAAGGAUUUGGUCUCCAAUCUCCACACGAAGAAGAUCGACUUUGGAUGGGUUGCGCUAUUUUUUGCAAGAGAGCCGAUUCCCCAACAUAUUACACCCCAAGAAUAGAAUUAAAUGAUCUUGGCAUCUCGCCAUAUUUCCCGGAUGGAACUUGGUGCAACAAGAGAAAUAACUUAAAUUAUUAUUGUUUACAGCAUCAUUGCUUACCAGAGAAUUUCAAGUUAUCUAGAAACAACGGUCUUAUAGAUGAUCUAUCAUUUUUACAAAAUGCUCGUCCACAUCAAGACAUUCCUCAACAUAUAAAAGACUACUUAUCAGUUGAUUCUUUUGGUAGACCUAUAAAAAAGACUUUAUCUGAAAAUGAUGACAUACCUCGAGAAGAAGAAUGGGAAAUUCAUGACUACAUAGAAAUUCCAGAAUUGAAAGGAAAGCAAGGGAUUCCAGAUGAUACCUCCAGUCAUAUCUUUCGCUGAUAUUUAUUGCUUCUAGUUUUUGCAAUAACGAUGACAGAAUUAUAAUUAUCAAUGUAAAUAAAAGUCACUAUCAGAUAAAAUUUUUCAGCUUAGUACAGUCUGGCUGGAACCGCGAAAGAAACGAAAACAAAAUACUGCUAAAAUCCAAUUUGAUUAUUCUCGAUUUUUUAGUUGAAUUUGGAAGAUUACAAUAUAAAAAUUAUUAAAUAAAACCAA